AUGGCAACAGCUAUUGGAAUUGACCUUGGAACAACAUAUUCAUGUGUUGGUGUGUGGCAGAAUGAUAGAGUGGAGAUUAUUGCCAAUGAUCAAGGAAACAAGACAACACCAAGUUAUGUGGCAUUCAAUGAUGUCGAGAGACUGAUUGGUGACUCGGCCAAGAAUCAGGUGGCCCUGAACCCUACCAACACAGUAUUCGAUGCCAAGCGUAUUGUUGGGCGCAACUUUAGUGAUCCAGUCGUGCAGGCCGAUAUGAAGCAUUGGCCAUUCAAGGUGAUCGCCUCGGACAAUGACCGUCCAGUGAUCCAGGUGGACUUCAAGGGUGAGACCAAGACAUUCAAGCCCGAGGAGAUAUCGUCCAUGGUGUUGAUCAAGAUGAAGGAGACCGCCGAGAGCUACCUGGGCAAGAGCGUGUCCAAUGCCGUGAUAACCGUGCCAGCCUACUUCAACGACGCCCAGCGCCAGGCAACCCGCGACUCUGGUAUGAUCGCCGGUCUCAAUGUCCAACGUAUAAUCAAUGAGCCAACCGCAGCCGCCAUCGCCUACGGACUGGAGAAGUGCAAGGGAAUGGGCGAGAGAAAUAUCCUGAUCUUUGAUCUGGGCGGUGGCACGUUUGAUGUGUCCCUGCUGACGAUUGAGGAUGGUGUGUUUGAGGUCAGGGCCACCGCGGGAGACACUCACUUGGGUGGCGAGGACUUUGACAACCGCAUGGUUGUGCACUUUGUCGAGGAGUUCAAGAGGAAGCACAAGAAGGACUUGAUGACCAACCAGCGAGCGCUCAGACGUCUGCGCACAGCAUGUGAGCGCGCCAAGAGGACCUUGUCAUCCAGCACCAACGCCAGCAUUGAGAUUGACGCCCUGAUCGAUGGUCUCGACUUCUACACUUCCCUGUCCAGGGCCAGAUUCGAGGAGCUCAAUGCCGACCUGUUCAGGAACUGUUUGGACCCAGUGGAGCGCGUGCUCAAGGACGCCAAGAUGGACAAGAAGUCGGUGAAUGAGAUUGUCUUGGUGGGCGGUUCGACCAGGAUACCCAAGGUGCAGCACUUGUUGCAAGAGUACUUCAAUGGCAAGGAGCUGAACAAGUCCAUCAACCCUGAUGAGGCCGUGGCCUACGGCGCAGCCAUCCAGGCGGCGAUCAUCAACAACACUGGCAAUGCUGAGGUCAAGGGCUGCAUCCUGUUAGACAUCACGCCACUGACUGUCGGUCUGGAGACUGCGGGCGGUGUCAUGACACCGCUGAUCCCACGUGGUACCACCAUGCCAUGCAAGCGAUCGCAGACCUUCUCGACUUACCAAGACAACCAGACCAGUGUGCUGAUCAGAGUGUUUGAGGGUGAGCGUGCCAUGACCGCCAACAACAAUCCAUUGGGCAAGUUUGAGCUGUCUGGCAUUGCACCAUGUCCGCGUGGCGUGCCCCAGAUCGAGGUGACCUAUGACAUCAGUGUCGAUGGUAUACUGAAUGUGACCGCGGUCGACAAGGCCAACCAGCGCGUGAAGGGAUCGAUCACCAUCACCAAUGAUAGCAACAGACUGACACCAGAGGAGAUCCAACGAUUGGUUGCCGAGGCCAAUGAGUUCAAGCAGCAGGACCAGGAGCAGAGGGAGCGCAUUGAGGCCAAGAACAAGCUGGAGAACUAUGCAUACUCUGUGAAGCAAUCGAUUCGAGACGACAAGGUCAGUGAGAAGCUAUCAUCCGAUGAUCAGGGCGCACUGCAACAGGCCGUUGACAAGUCGCUCAAGUGGUUGGAGGGCAAUCACACUGCUACCAAAGAUGAGUUUGAGUACCAACAGAAGGAGUUGGAGUCAAUCGUCAAUCCAAUCAUGACCAAGAUGUAUCAAGAGCAUGGCGCUGGCAAUGGCAAUGGCAAUGGUACUAGUAAUGGCAAUGGACAUCAACAACAAAAGUCAUCAAACGUUGAUGAGUUGGAUUGA